GUCCAAAAAACUAAAAACUGUCAGUCACAAAUGUCAGUUCUUUACUGUCAAAAAUUAAUUGGAAUUUUGGUUUAUCGUGAUUAGCGUUAAUCGAAAUGAAUUGAGUUUAAUCGUGGAGUGGAAAUCUGAGAACAAAAUGGAGAUAACAGUGGAAAGCCUACCGCUGCUGGGGGUCUGCAACCUGUGUUUGAACGAGGGGGCUGUGAAGAGUAUGCUUGGUUGCAGUUCGGCCGAUGUUCCGUCUUACGCGGAUAUAUUGUUAAAAUGUUUCAGCAUAGAUAUAAGCCUGAUGGAGCUGGGGGACACGAAGCAGUUGGUGUGCGACCCGUGCGCCACUCGGUUACUGGAGAGCAUGGCCUUCAAGGAUCAGGCUUUGCAUUCUCUCCGCAGUCUCGAAGACUCGGCCAAGAUGUUCAACGUGAAGAAAGAGAGUAUUGACUUCAUCGACGACGCCGGCAGCCCCGCGGACUUCGACCUCGACCCCGACGAUGAUGAUGAUGACGACGACAAAGGUAACGUUGCAUUAUCAGUCAUUGUUAAAAAGGAGCCCACUACAGAAGUGUUCAAGCCGCGAAAAACCAGAAAAAAAUUCAUCACUAUCACCGUAAAGAAGUCCAAAGACUUCAAAGACAUCGCCGAUACUGAAACAAUGCUCACCCAAGGUCUUUUCCCGUUUAAAAUACGAAAAAACAGGCUGUUCGCCUGCGCCAUAUGCCCUGAGACACUCUCCAAACUCGAGGAUAUGAAGAAACAUGUAUCACAACAUAAUAAGAAAAAUAUACACAUCGCUUUCAAGAAAAUGAUGUUCUCGAAUUCACAAAGGUUCUAUAAAAGCGCUACGCAGUUACGGUGCAAAAUAUGCACGACGGAUUUGAAUAACUUCGAAGAAUUGAAUGCGCAUGUCGAAAAUUGUACUAGACUUAAAUAUAGUAACGGGAAAUGGAGCAACUUACCAUUCAAACUAGAAAAGGAUCAGCUAGACUGUCCUGUUUGUAAGAAAACGUUUCUCAAUUUUGUAAGUCUAAAUACUCAUAUGAACAUACAUUACCCGAAUUACAUCUGUGAGAAUUGUGGAAAAGCUUUCGCUUCGAAAGCGAGGUUAAGAGGACAUAUGAGGACUCAUGAAGUCGGUGAAUUCGCUUGUAAAUAUUGUGAUGCGGUCUUCGACAGAGUCACUAAGCGAGAGAAUCAUGUAUCUAAGGAACAUAAGGCCGGAGUGCGGUACGCUUGCAAGCGUUGCAAUAUAUCUCUAACAUCUUUCUACGCUCGACAGAAGCAUUUAGCCGAGAUUCACAACGAAGAGCUGAAGCGAUACAAGUGUAAAGCAUGUCCGCAGAGCUACAUUACCCCGGGACACUUGUCGAGUCAUGUCCGGAGAGAUCAUUUGAACGAACGGAACCAUAAAUGUGAUAAAUGCGACUUAGCUUUCUAUACUAAGAACGCUUUAAAAAUGCAUAUGAUUAAGCACGACGGGGAAAGGAUCCAUGUGUGUCAUAUAUGUCAGAAAUCGUAUCAAAGGAAGAAAACGCUUAGAGAGCAUAUGAGGAUUCAUACGAAUGACAAGAGGUUCAUUUGUCCGGUGUGUGGAAGGGCCUUUACCCAGAAAUGCACGUUGAAGGGGCAUCUGAAGGUGCAUGAGAGGAAAGUGGAGAUAGAUGAGAAGAUUGUGCAGCCGUUGCACUCUAUUUGAACGGCUGAAGACCCUAGUGUCCGAGGUAAAAAUAGAUAAUGUUAGUAGGGGGCACCACUAGCACAUACAGGAAAGAAACCGCCUUGAUGCCAUUGACAUAUAAGGACGGGCCUUGCGGGCACUAAAAUGGGGCCAACGCAGCGGUGUUACUCACACGAAUUUGUGCCAAUAGUGCAGUCUAAGUAAUGCCACAACGCGAUUGGUUUAUGAGUUUGCAUCACGCAUUCCUUUUAUUUCUGACACUAUGUUAUUUAGCAAAAACUAAUCCUUAUGAUGAAUCCUUUCGAUCGGUAUGAUAAAACUAUAAGGUGAUUUUUUUUUCUCGUGUAGCGGGUUCGAUUCCCGGUUCAACCAUGUGAUUAUUUAAAAAUCUAUGAAUGCAGUUUAAAUUUUUUUUUAACAUAAAAUAAUAUCUUCUUUCAGCAAAAUAUCCUAUCUAAGAUAUUUAAGGUACUUUCCCUUGAUGUCACAUAGUCUUGGGACGCCCUGUAUAGUAGUUAGAUAGUUGCGUUCUGUUGCGUUAGACUCCACGAUUGGAUCGAAUUCGUGAGUGACGCUGAACUAGCACCAUUCUUAGAUAUAUAUGUCAAUGCUUGAUGCAUCAUCACAUAUACUAUGUUUUACGGUUUAGUAUAUAUAGGUUCUUCUAUGUUCUACGGUUUGUGCUAGUGCUGCACCCAGGCGGUAGAACGUUGCACUAAAACUCACUAUAUUGUAAGAAGCCCGCCGCCAUCUUGAAUUUUUGCAUUUUUAGUCCGAUCGUGUUGAAAAUUCAUUUGUGAAAAUUCGCAUAUUCAUUUGGGAUCAAGGUCAUGUUUUAUUUACAAUGAGGAGUAUAUUUCCAAAAGGGCUUAUUUAUUUAUUAAAAUUAAAAAUUAAAUAUCAUUUAUUAUCAGAUCAGGCAACUAAGGCCCAUAGCAGGCGUGGCUCACUCCGCGAUUUCGUCGCUUUGCUACAGGUAGCUAAAAGUACAUCCGUUCCACACCAAUUUUGGGGUUUGCCAUAAGCUGCGCGUGGCGCUGUCGCCACCUAGCGGCCAUAUCUGUGCUGAUCGUUACAGACACGUUUUGUUAGAGAGUGAGUCUUCUGUACCUAGUAAUAUUAUUUAUUCUGUGCCCAUAGAUACAUACUUACAGACUAACAUACGUACAAUAGUAAAAUCUUACAAGUUAAAAAUUAUUUGGGCGACACGGCGGUUUUCAGUUGUGUCGCAUGUUCCGGCGUAGGAUUUAUGAAAACCAUACAAAAAUAAGCCCUUUUGAGAAGACACUCUUCAGAUGUAGUGUAUAAUUAUUUAAUUCAUUUCCAUCGUAUUUUCACGGGAACGUACGAACGUGUCUUGCUAUUUCAGUCAGUCUCGGUACAAAAAGUACUGAGGUUGACUCACAGACAAAACAUCCUCCAGACUAAGCAUGGUCGCGCUACCCCCUCUGCCACGCAUACGGUAAUUUUACUCCAUUCGAGUCAAAAGUGUCUUUGUGUGACGUCCGUGUCUUUGAACGGACCAAUCACGGCACGGGACUUCGUUCACCUCGUCCCGCGCACCCCCGCAUUUUUGGCAUCAUCGGAUGCAUGAAAUAAUUGCUCUAAACUCGGUGUAGAGGAUUCCUAGUCUAUGGGUUGACUGAACUAGCAUGACAAAUACGAACGUUUCCGAGAAUAUACGAUGGAAAAUAAUUAUGCACUACAUGUGUAUCUGUACGAGUUAGCUGUUUGUCUCGUAAUAGGUUAUAAUACUAAUAAUACAGGGUGUUUGGUACAUCGUUUGCCAAAUGGAAACGGCAGAUAGGGGUCGUCCAUU